AUGAGUUUCCCAGGCUUCCCGCCAAUGGGCGGCGCUGGCGCCGGACCUAAUGCAGGCAUGUCUGAGCAGGAGCAGAAUAUGAUUAAAAUGAUGAACGCAGCCGCAGAAUCAUGUCCGUUCAAGAUAGCCCUCUCCGGCGGUGCUGGAUUCGCAUUAGGUGGUGCUUUCGGUUUUCUUACUGGCGCCAUGGCCUACGACGUCCCCCUAACUGCAAAAGGCACAGAAAUUUACAACCUCCCCUGGCGCGAACAACUCAAACACGGCUUCAAGGACAUGGGUACCCGCGCCUGGAGCAGCGCAAAAACUUUCGGAUAUAUCGGCGCAAUAUACACAACGGCAGAAUGUUCCGUUGAGGGACUACGCGCAAAAAAUGAUUUGACGAAUCAUGUGGUCGCGGGUUGUCUAACGGGUGCUUUUUUGGGGAGGAACGCUGGGCCUCAGGCGGCAUUGACGGGCUUCCUCACAAAAGGAGAUGCAACCUACGACCGCAACCACGGUCCAAUCCCUCAUCUCAAUGCCGACACUCACACAACCACAAUAAACGGACAAGUUCCCAACCCUCUGAAACUAUCUAUUCACGAUCUUCAAACCAAAUUCCCGCAACACGAGGUCAUUUGUGCCCUCCAAUGCGCCGGUAAUCGUCGCCAUACAAUGCGCACGCAACUCAAGGAAGUUCAGGGCAUAGACUGGCUAGACGGCGCGAUUAUGAAUUGUAAAUGGAAGGGCCCGCGGUUGAGAGACGUGUUGAUUACAGCUGGUGUGCAUCCUGGCCAGGAAGGUGCGGAGAAGAAGAAGAAGAAGAAGAAGAGAUACGUGGCGUUUGAGUGUUAUCAGGUUGAGUGUCAGGAUGAUACCUGGUUUGGUGGUAGUGUGGAGUUGGAGAGGUGCAUGAGUGUGGAUGAUGAGGUUAUUCUUGCUUUGGAGAUGAAUGGCAACCCCCUAUCACCCAACCACGGCCAUCCAGUCCGCGUCGUCAUCCCUGGCGUCGCAGGUGCCAGAUGGGUGAAAUGGCUAGACCGCAUUAUAAUUCAAGAUCAGCAUUGCCAGAAUCAUUACCAGCAGUACGACUACAAGGUCUUACCACCGGAAGCCAGUGACUCGGAAAAAGCGAAGGAGUAUUGGAUGAAAGUGCCGCCGUUGUUGGAUAUGCCGAUUAAUUCUGUGAUUGCGGCUCCGGAUGAUGGUGAGACAGUCGUGGUUCAGGUUGGUAGGGUUGGUGUGAAGGGGUAUGCAGUGCCGCAGGGUCGUGAUGGACCGGUUACGCGAGUUGAAGUUUCGGGGGAUGGGGGGAGGACGUGGAUUGAUGCUCAGCUCGAGACACMCGAAUGUGAGAGCUUUAACGAUACGUGGUGCUGGAAGUUAUGGAAGGCCUCAGUGCCCAUGGAAAGAGGUUCUGGAAAGCUCAUCCUGAGCAGGGCUUUUGACGCAGCAGGCAACACCCAGCGAGAAAGUUGCCCCUGGAACCUGCGAGGAGUCGCAUAUAACGGGUACGGAAUGUCGAAGGAUCUGAAUAUUGUAUAA